AUGGAGGUCGACCACGCCUUGAUCACGGCGUUGGUUGAGCGGUGGCGUCCGGAGACGCACACGUUCCACUUACCCCAUGGAGAAAUGGGUAUCACCUUGCAAGAUAUGGAGGUGAUGCUGGGGCUUCUGGUGGAUGGGUUGCCUGUCACUGGGAAGACAGACUACAAAUGGAGUGAGCUGUACGAACAGUUGUUGGGCCAUAAACCUCCACCCCCGAUACCAAACUCAAACAAGUCUACCCUUGCUGGGGCGAGGAUAAGAUACACCUGGCUUGAUGCACAGUUUGUCAAUCCCUUAGUUGCGGACGCUUCUGACGAAGUCGUGCAGCAACAUGCCCGCUACCACCUACUUGUACGGAUGGGGGCCCUCUUGUUCAUGGACAGGUCUGCGGACCGGGUCUCACUGCUGCCUCUGCAGUUGCUCAACCCAGUCAGCAAUGCGAGACGGUAUAGCUGGGGUAGUGCAGCAUUGGCCUGGCUGUAUAGGCAACUUUGUGGUGCAUCGAAGAAGGAUGCGAUGCAGAUUGGAGGAGCACUCUUGUUGGUGCAGCUAUGGGCCUAUUCAAGGUUCCCACAAUUAUGCCCUGUUGUGAGGCCGCCUCUACCGCCAGUGCACUCAGGGCCCCUUGCCAUUAGGUGGAGCGGGCCAAAAUGCACCGCAGAGCAUGCCACACACGUCCUUGCUGCGUACCGCACGUCACUGGCUACAGUACGGGCCGAGCAGAUUGUAUGGGAGCCGUACACGCAUACGCUAGGCUCCCUACCUGUUGGAGUGGCAUCAUCCUGA